AUGACGCUAACCGACCUUCCUAUUGGUUUCUUUGACCAACUUUUAGAAUAUUCCGGAUUUCGAGAAAUCUUCUGCCUCCGAAAGGUGUGUCGUGGCCUCCGUGACUAUAUAGACACGACAAAACCCGAUUUAAAACUCACCCAGCUAUUCAUAACUCUUCGAGAAGAGAAACUAUAUCUUACUUUACAAUUUCGAGAUGAACAGGUUGUAGUUGAGUACAGAAACGGUUAUGGAUCGAAUCUUUUUGACUUUCACUGCGUGGUGUCGGAUGGAGAGGUUGUGAAGACUUUGAAGGGAGAGAGAUGCAUGGAUGUAUUUUUUGGAGAUUUCAGACUGCAGAAGACUAAAUUAAAAUCUUUGAAAUUGAGUCAGGAGGCAAAAUACAACGAAAUUUUAUUCGAAGAACAAACCAGUAGAAAUCUAAUCGAAAGACUUGAGGAAUGUUUCAAAGCUAGAAGCUGCAGACUACAAACUACAGAAAUUAAUCUUCAAACCUUUUCUAUUCUUCAAGUGCUUUCGAUUCUACCGUACUUGGAACCGGAAAAUCUGAAAAUCAUUGAAUUAAUGCUUCCAACUGUUCCAUAUAACAAAGACACCGGUUCAAGAACAUGGAGAACGGAGAAAUUGGAGGAGCUGGAGCAAUGGCAAGUGGCAGAGUCCUUGAUGAUUUCGAAAGAUAUCUGCAUUGGUUCCAUUAUUAAUUUUCUUCAUUUCACCCAUGUUUGUGUGACUUUUUACUCAAUUUCCGGGAGAGAUCUGCUGACUAUCAAAAACAUUCUUCUCGACGAUGACAGAGUCCAUGAAUUCUUUUUCAAGUACAAACACCUUUAUCACGGUGAACAAUUUUUUGAAUCUCUUGGAAGGCCAUACAUCGAGGAACAAAAUCCAAGAAAUCUUUGGUAUUUCCGAUUUCCAGAAUCGGAGCAAAUUCUCCGGGUUUGUCAUUGGAGUGCAUCGCUGAUGAUGAGCUUUCAUAGAAAGGAUGUUGAGAGUGUUCCGGUGAAUGCUGUGAUUCAGGAAUAA